AUGAUGCAUGAGAACAGUACCACCAUGACUGAAUUUGUGCUCCUUGGAAUCUCUAACCAGUCUGAAUUACAAGCCCUGCUUUUUACUGUUUUCUUGCUUAUCUACCUUUUUAUCCUGGUUGGGAAUGUGCUUGUCUGUGUUGCCACUGGGUUACAUCACACUCUGCACACACCCAUGUAUUUCUUCCUUCAGAAUUUAUCAUUCUUAGAUAUCUGCUUUACAUCAGUAACUAUCCCUCAAAUGCUUGUGAACCUUAUUUCAGAGAAGAAAACCAUUUCCUUUGUAGGCUGUGCUUUGCAGAUGUUCUUCUACCUUCUCCUGGGAGCAGCUGUAUGUUACCUUCUGGCAAUUAUGUCUUAUGACCGUUAUCUGGCCAUCUGUCAUCCUUUGCAAUAUAUGAGGCUCAUGACCAGGAAGGCCUGUUUAUUGUUGGUCUCUGGAUGUUGGGCUGUUGGGUUGUUUGUAUCUCUUGGGCAGACAUUGCUGAUAUUUACCCUCCCCUUUUGCAGUUCUGAGAUAAUUAAUCAUUUUUUCUGUGACGUCCUCCCACUGUUGAGGUUGCACUGUACAAGCCCCUACAUAAAUGAUAUAGAAAGAAUUCUAACUAUAUUCCUGGUUCUUGUCACCCCUUUCUUACUCAUCUUAGUUUCCUAUGUUCUAAUCAUUGUUGCUUUCUGGAAGGCUACCACAAUGGAUGGGAGAAAGAAGGCUCUGGGCACAUGUUCCUCCCACCUGGUCUCUGUGAUCCUCUUCUAUAGCACUGCUAUGUUCACAUACCUGAGGCCCAGUUCAAGUUACUCACCUACUGUAGACAAGCUCCUCUCUCUCACCUAUACAGUGGCUCCUGCCUUCCUCAACCCUGUUAUCUACAGCCUGCGGAACAAGCAGAUGAAAGAGGCCCUGGGAGAUGUGUUAGCCAAAUGCAGAAGUUCUAUUGGUAUCUAA